AUGGCAGUCAAAUCCAUCUUCAAACGACAACAGCCCCGGCGGUCGAAGCUCAACAUCUCGGCGCCGACACCGAUCCAGGUCCACAAACCCACCUCAUUCGCCACCAAAGAGAUUCGGUUUGUGAACCCAGAACUACAACCGAAAACAGGAGUGGAUGGAGUGCAACGACAACGAACACUACAGCGGCGAGCUGAGCGUCAGGGCACCAUCAAGGAUAAGAAAACUCGAUCGGUUCGCGACUACCUUCGACUGCCAUUCAUUCGAUUGCGUCAAUUGAUCCGCGCCACUCUCCGACGACAGGCUACCAUCAAGCGUCGAAAGACUCUCAGAAAGAAGGACAUUGUGCAUAUCACCGCGGACGCCGUGAGACGAUCGCCCUCGCAAGCAUCUCUGCGACGAACAGCCUCCACAGCCUCGCUACGAAGACAACCGUCGACACGAGGUCUGAGAAGAAAAGCGUCUCAGUCUCGAGGAGGAAUCAGAAAGUCCAAGUCAACCAGCAGAAGACAAUCGCGAUACAAGACAUUUGAGGACUUGGAACAGGUGACGGACUUUGAUGAAUAUGACAGCGGCAACUUGGAAUUUCAGUUCUCAGCUAAGGAUAUGGUCAGAAUGCACCCUAGAGGCCAGGCCAAUGUGGUCCAGAGCUCUGCUGCUCGCAAGAAGAUCACAUUCAACGCAGUGCCGGAGAUUAUUCAAAAGCACGCCCCUCUGACCCCUCCCGAUUCGCCAAAGAGAGUCGCUUCUAUUGAUAGAGAGAUUGUGAUGGGAGGGGACGAACUGUCGCCUCUUCUGGUCACUAGCCCUCACUCGCCUUCCGAGUACGCUCCCCACUCUCCGCCUACCGAGUUCAAUAUCAACAGCGAGGACAUUUACGCUCGAAAGUACCCCUCUGGAGUGGGUCUUGCAGAUGCCGACUCUAUUGAGGUCACCAGCACAAUUGGAUCUACUACCAUUGAGCAGAUAGACCAGCUCUUCCAGGGUUUCGAUUAUGACUACAGAGACAAGAUUGAAAAGAAGCUGGAGCUUAUCACGCGACGUCUGCAGCAAUUUGACGCGGACAUGAUCAACCGAGGCACCCAAACCCGACCCUGGAGACACUCUGUCGAUUCUGUGAUGAGCGAACAGAUUGAGGCUGUACUUUUUGACAUGUCUCGAGACUCCGGACACUCAUAUUCCACUGGCCGAGACUCUAUCCGAGAGUACAUGCGAGAGCACAUGGAGACUUUUGAUUUGGAUCAGGAGGCACUUAUGGAGGAAGAGCAGCGACGAAAGUCUUCGACGUAUUACUCCCUUCAGCAUGAGUCUGACACAGACUCGUAUGCUUCGUUUGCCCCCUCUUCCUCUGGGUCUUCUUCCUACGAAUCGUUUGCUCCUUCUCAUCCUGUUCCCAUUUAUGAGUCUUCUGGUUCAUCAAACAGACGAAUGGUUGAUGAUGAAGAGUCCACACCUCUUUUGGAACAGGGUGACUUCACUCCUAAGCAGCGAGCUCCCUUUCUGGGACGACACCGGAGGUCUCCCUCCGAUAGCACCACUACUUCCACAGUCUCGUCUAUUCACUCUCGACGAGCCAUCCCCACCACCCACAAUCUAAGUGAGCAGUCUUUCGACUUUGGUCUUGAUCGUGACAGGAGUCACAGCCCCCAGGCUGGCCCUUUGAACAUUUCCCUUCAACAAGGACUUCCCGGUCGUCGAGUCACUUCUGUCGCCCAAUCUCGAGAGUCGUUGUAUCUUGACCUUGCGCCUUCCCCGGAGUUGCUUCCCGUCGGCGCAGCUUUCCGAUCAGAUCUCAGACACGAGAUCAGGCCCGAGUCAGGUGACUCGUACCACACUACGACCUCCAUCCCCGAACGGUCACCUCUUCGACCUUCUUCGGGUGUGCAGGAGCUGAAGCCAGUCAAGGUGCGAGCCUCUCCCCGCCAGAUGGCGCAACAGUCUCCCAAGCGGUUUUCCACCUCUUCUAUUGGUGCUGUGGCAGCUAUUGGAGGCGAAUCUUCCUGGAUGAAGACCCCCAGACCUCUUCCUCCGGUUCCUGUACUGUCACCCGAGCAAGCAGGAGAUGUACAGAAGCGAACAGUGUCAUCUAUCGAUGUUGCAAAAACCCGAGGAGGCUCUGUUCAGAAACGUGCCUUCUCUGCUCAUGAUGCUUCUGUUUCCCCCAUCCAGAAGAAGCCCGAGUAUAUCCCUUCUGCUCCUUCUCAUCCUCCCCCUUCUCCUCCUAUUAUGGCUUCUCCUGUCCGAGCCUCUCCCACUUCUAUGAGAGGCAACUCUCCUGCUCCUGCCUCCCCUAUCAAGCCUGUUUCCAUCGAUUGGGUUAAUGCUGCAGAUGCAGAGUCUGUAAUGGAGGUUGAAACUCGAUCCAACAACUCGGGCUCUCACUCAAGCUCCUCUGGAAACCCCCCUUCUCCUCCCACUGCUUCUGAUCAGGUACUGCAGAGAAUGUACCAGGAGCUGGAGGAACUUCAGCAGCGAUCUGUGCAGCUGUCCGACAUGGUUGCUCGGACCGAACAAGGUGUCCCCUUCUCGGACACUGAGUCCAACCGGGGAUCUUUGUACCUGAAUCGGGAUUCUCUGGCUGUCAUUCCCACCCCUCUGACUCCCUCGUUUCCCUCUUCUUUCAUGACUGGCCCUACCCACGGCACCAUUUCCAGCCACUCUCCGGGACCUGGCUCUCUUCCAACCACCUCUCAUACAACUCCUAUUUCUCGAGGUGGUUUGAACCGACGCCGGGUUCGAUCAAGCGUGUUUCUGGAGCCUCCUUCUUAUGUCAGAGGCCACUCUCGAGGAGACUCUGCCGUUUCCAACAUCUCCAACGUGUCUGAAACCUCGGGGGCCUCGUCAAUUGGGCUUUCCGAUAUCCCCGUGCCUUCCUCCAUGCCUGCUCCUCGACAUCUGGUUCCUCCUGCUGAGCCUUCCGAUGCCAACAUCUCGGAGUGGAGACAGGCCAUUCGGCCUCCCUUUGCUCGUGGCCCCUCUGUGACCCGAGGGAAGCGACUGUCAGUCACCGGACCUGCUACCGGCACCGAUACCUCCGAUUUUCAGUUCUCCGACGACGAUGUUGAGGUUCAGGAAGCCCAGGUGGUCGGAUCCCGGUUCCCUGUGCUCAUUGACAACUCUGGUACCGAUAGAAUCAAGAGUGUAUUGGUUACUCGGGAGACCGAGGAGGACGACUAA